GACCUAUUCCAUCGUGGCACGCGCUGCAUGGAGGCUGCAAUGCGAAAGUCGAAAGUCGCAGAUGUGUGUGUUGGCAAGCGCUUAGCGGUGGGAGAAUUCACGAGUCGGAAGCUCUGUUGACCAGCCCGUUUCCGCACCUCGAACCACUCUCUCUCUCUCCAGACAACUUCCCCCCCCCAAAGCAGAGAUCAGAUCUCCUGUUGCAGCAGGGCAAUCCUGCCGCCAUGAACCGCUUCUACUUUGGCGACUCCGACGACUCGGGUUCCGACUUCGAUGAGACCACGUCCGGACUUCCCUUCCCCAAGCCUCUCUCGCGCGCCUCUUUCCUGGCGCCAGACUUCGAUCCGGCCGGAUUUCUGUCCUCGUUGACAAACCGCCAUCAGACGCUCGAAGAUCUGCGCCUCGAACUGCGUCAAUUGAGCCAGUCACUGAAUAAGGAGCUCCUCGACUUGGUCAAUGAGAACUACCAGGACUUCCUGUCACUCGGUAGCGCAUUACAUGGCGGAGAGGAAAAGAUCGAGGAAGUUCGCGUAGGCCUGUUGGGGUUCCAAAGAGACGUCGGGACGAUUAGGGACCGAGUCGAUGCGAGACGGCUGGAGCUGGAGAGGCUCUUGGCUGAGAAGAAGCGUCUCCGAAACCAGACCAACGUGGGAAAAGCGCUGCUCGACGUUGCGGAGCGCAUUGAGGAGCUCGAACAACGAUUGAUGAUCGCAGAGCCGGAGAAGCCUGGCCUGGGAUCUCCCCACGAGUUAGAUACCGACUCAGACAUCCUAGAUACCGAAAGAGAAGAGAGUGAUGAAGACGACGACGAUGAUGAUGAUGACGACGACGACAGCGAUGAGCUCGGAGAUGAGACCGGUACUACAACUGUUGUGCCCUUGAAAAGAUUGGAGCAGAACAUCCAGAAAUUCGUUUACAUCGCGAUCCUUUCGGAGCGAAUAGGAGACACGCACCCCUUCCUUGUCAAUCAGCAACCGAGGAUCCUCAAAAUCAAGGCCACCCUGCUCUUGGACCUCAAUGCGGCCCUAGAGCAGGCAAAGCAGUCUGGAGAAAAAAAGGACACAAGGGUACUAAAGAUUAUGCGCCUGUACGACCUCAUCGGCGAAGAGGCAGGUGCGUUGUCUGCGCUGAAACAACUCAGGAUCUGAAGCACAUUGCUACAUCGUAAUCUUUCAUGGCAUAGCGACGGAGUCCGGAGUUUCAAAAAUGAGUAUU